GAAAGUGUUUCAAAAAUUGUAUAUUCGAUUCUAGAUGCGUUGUUAAGUCUAUCUGUGGAUCUGUUUUAUGCUGCGCUGGUAUUUCAGAUAUAAUUUGGUUAUUGGCUUCCAAAUUCGGGAAAUGAAUGCUAAAGCUUCUACUUCAUUUGAACAAGUGAAUCCGCAUAAAAUUUUCAUUUUGGAAAGACGAAUUAAGAAGGAAAUCAAGAUUCAUCGGCAACCCAUGGAGAAUUUUAUGAGAAGAGUUCUCAAGAGCGAUAUGAAGAACUUGAAGUAUUCGCAAUUCGAACCACUCUAUGAAUUGUGGUGUGACUAUUUUAGUUCCCUAGUUGAUGGAUCCGAUGGUCAGUGGGAUGCUCGAGUAUUGAAAGCCGAUUAUCAUGGAUGUCUGCUUAUGGUUGCUGAAGCUACUAAUCCAGCGCAGGCUGGCAUUUGUGGCAUUGUAACUCGUGAAACUAGGCAAACCUUCAUGCUGAUCACAAAAGAAAAUCGCUUGCUAACUAUUCCAAAGCAAGAUACCGUAUUUCAUUUUGCACUGGAAGGCAAAAUAUAUAUUUUAUUCGGGAACGCUUUCAGAUUUCAACCAUCACUACGAGCAAAAAAAAUAUUGAGGAGUCGUUCUUCAAUUCCAUUCUUUCUGAAAUAGUAUUUAGUAUUAUUUCUUUUUCAUGUUGGAUGAAUAGCAUAAAUAAACUGCUGUUCAUGCUUCCGAAAACAUUUUUUGGUUUCACCGCGAAGCAUAGUUUUGUUGCUCAUUCG